GGCAAUGACUGAUCGGCGGUCACGUACACGAAGUAGGAGUCGUCAUCGUAGUAGAAGUCGUCAUCGUAGUGAUAGUCGGUACCGGGAUGACCGUAGAUCUAAAAACGUUGAUCUUCAAAAAGAAAUGCGGAAAAUUUUUGAACGUUUAAGUGCGUUAGAAAGGCAACCACCCUCAUCGCAAUCAGUGUCGCUGCCAGCCAUAGGUCAUCGGGACUCCGGGGGCACGCCGCCGGGCACGCCGCCGGGCAUGCCACCGCGGAGACGCAGCCGGUCUAUGGCGCACGCGCCUGACCACGUGGCGGUCAGCGCCAGUCCACGGGCGCAGUCUGCGAGCAGUGCAGUGGCUUCGGAGCAAGCUACAACUGAAGCAUUGGUGAACGCGAUACGAUCCAUCAAUAACGCGAUGCAGACAAUGAUGAACCGGAGUCUGUCGCCGCGGGUCCAAUGCCUUCUGGGUCCACGACAUUGGAUGAUGGACUCGUUACACCCAUGCCGACCGAAAAGGAUACUUCCGGUCCCGCUACGACAGGUCAAGAUUCAUCUACCAUGGGAGAUUAAGGAGAAGAGACCGAGACGUUCUCGCGUCAGGAAAGGCCGUAUUAGAGAGAAGCCUUACCCGGUGGCGCUAAUUUUUCCAAAACCAGCUUUGAACAAAGUUGUUUCGCGCUAA